UAAGCAAAGUGUGUAACACACUUAUGUACAGUAUGUGGCGCUAUGCACCUUGAAGUUGUUUGCAAUUAGCAAUAAUAAAGAGGAAGAAGAAGCAGAACCGCGAUUUAUCUGAUUUCUUUUUUUUAUUUAAGUGAGCCUCACUGAACAGCAGGGACGAACCUGGUUUAAUCUUUUCCAACACGUGUUUACUAAUAAUGGAGUUGGAGAAAACUACUGCAACACCUACAAAGAACAUUACUCCUUGAAUAUGACAUCGCGCCCAAUACUGCAUUUUUAAUGCAUUUCAGUGUUCUGUUAUCUUACUCAUCUUAAAUUGUCGUGAGAAAGUGCCACGGAAAUUGUACAUAUCUGAAGAAAUGAGAGGGGGUGGGUGUGUUCUCCUCUGGGCCGUAAAGACAGCUGGUGACAUGUAGAUACUGGACUGCUUGGCUAGAAGGAAGGAGUUCCAGGUUAUGCUGAGUGAGGUCCAGCACCAGGAGGAGAGCGAAAGCAAAUUGGACAGAAGAGCGGGCACAAAACAGGCUGACUGCACUUUGCACUAUUAAUCUCACAGAGGACUGAGUGAUUCAGCACCAUGGGAAAAUCCGCCUCCAAACAAUUUGCUGAGGAGGUACUGCAAUGCCACAACGAGUACAGGAAGAAGCACCAGGCUCCUCCACUAAAGCUGAGCAGCAAACUGAGCAGAGAUGCUGCUCGGUAUGCUGAAAGUCUGGCUAGCACAAGAAUCUUGAAGCACAGUGUGGAGUCCAGCAGGGGGAGCUGUGGAGAAAACCUGGCAUGGGCUUCUUAUGACCAAACGGGGAAGGAUGUGGCAGAUCGCUGGUAUGAAGAAGUCAAGCAGUACAACUUCAGCCACCCUGGAUUCUCCUCUGGCACUGGUCAUUUCACUGCAAUGGUGUGGAAGAGCAGCAAGAAGCUGGGUGUGGGAAAGGCCACAGCGUCGGAUGGCUCUUCCUUUGUUGUGGCCAGAUAUUUCCCUGCAGGGAAUAUAACGAACCAGGGACACUUUGAGAAUAAUGUCCUCCCAUCUAACACUGGCUCCUGAAGAAAUAUUGAUUCCCCUGGACUUUACUCAGGGCCCAAAAACAUUUGCUUAGCUCUAGAGGGGAAAAGCUACCUCCCUUGCAGAGCUCUGGAGAAUACAACGGCACAUUGUGCUGGAUACAAACCCAAACUGCAAUAUUGUAGAAUUUUAAAAGAUAAAACACACUCAGUCCUUUGCACCUAUAAAGACCUUUACAGGGCAGAGUAAAGGUCACAUUGCCUAACAUUUUUGUAACUGUAGAUUUUUGCUGUCUAAGCACCAUUUUCUCCUAAAUUUGUACACUAACGUAUCGUUUUAUGUAUUUUUCUCUCCUUUUGUAAGAAUGAGUUGAUACAGAGAAAUAGUCACCGACAUGUUGACUUGUUACCUGGAUUUGAUGCUGAUGACUGAACAUGUUAGGAAUGUUCCUAUUUAUUGCCCCUUCUUGUUAAAGAAGACAGGGCUUGUGUUGUUUUUCAUAUUCUAACUUGUUUUUUUUUUACAAUAAAACUGAAAGAUUGUCAUAACAAA